CGCGUGCGGGGAGGAGGAUCAUCAGAGUCAGCGCAGCUCAGCCGCAGCAGCAGCUCAACAAACAUCAGCCUGAAUAAUAGAGAACAAACAUGAGCGAUCACUGAGCGACUCUGCUUUGCCUUGUCAACGUACGGCCAUUCAGUUGGCUUUAUUUUAUCCUUAUUUUGAUCUCCGGGUGUCCGGCAAACUGUCUAAUCUGGAGGAGGACGGGGAGACCAGCGUGGCCAUGACGGGAGGCAUGGCAGCGCCCCUCCCCAUGAGCAACCAUACACGUGAGAGAGUCACGGUGGCCAAACUCACGUUGGAGCACUUCUACAGCACCCUGCUCACCCAGCACGAGGAGCGGGAGAUGAGGCAGAAGAAGCUGGAGAAUUUGAUGGAUGAGGAGGGUUUACCUGACGAAGAGAAGAGCAUGAGGCGCUCUCUGCACGCUCGUAAGGAGACAGAGUUUCUGCGUCUCAAAAGGACCCGCCUUGGUCUUGAUGACUUUGAGUCCCUCAAAGUGAUUGGGAGAGGAGCAUUUGGAGAGGUGCGCCUGGUUCAGAAAAAGGACACAGGUCACAUUUAUGCCAUGAAGAUCCUCAGGAAAGCAGACAUGCUAGAGAAAGAGCAGGUGGCUCAUAUCCGGGCCGAGAGAGAUAUCCUGGUGGAGGCUGAUGGCGCCUGGGUAGUUAAGAUGUUCUACAGCUUUCAAGAUAAACGCAAUCUGUAUCUCAUCAUGGAGUUUCUGCCUGGAGGAGAUAUGAUGACUCUACUGAUGAAGAAAGACACUCUAUCGGAAGAAGCCACGCAGUUUUAUAUCGCAGAGACGGUUCUGGCCAUCGACUCCAUUCACCAGCUGGGCUUCAUUCACAGAGACAUCAAACCUGACAACUUGCUGCUUGACUCCCGGGGCCAUGUCAAGCUGUCUGACUUUGGCCUCUGCACAGGCUUGAAGAAGGCCCAUCGGACUGAAUUUUAUCGGAACCUCACGCACAACCCUCCCAGUGACUUCUCCUUCCAAAACAUGAAUUCAAAGCGGAAAGCAGAAACAUGGAAGAAGAACCGAAGACAGCUGGCAUAUUCAACUGUCGGGACGCCGGACUAUAUCGCCCCUGAGGUCUUCUUGCAGACGGGCUACAACAAGCUGUGUGACUGGUGGUCUCUUGGAGUGAUAAUGUAUGAGAUGUUGAUAGGCUACCCACCCUUCUGUUCCGAGACGCCACAGGAAACCUACAGGAAGGUUAUGAACUGGCGAGAAACGCUUAUUUUCCCUCCAGAAGUCCCCAUUUCAGAGAGAGCCAAGGACUUGAUCCUUAGGUAUUGUACAGAUGCAGAAAACAGGGUUGGAUCAGUAAGUGUGGAUGAAAUCAAAUCUCACCUUUUCUUUGAGUCCGUGGACUGGGAGCAUAUCAGAGAGAGACCUGCUGCUAUUUCCAUUGACAUCAAGAGCAUUGAUGAUACAUCCAACUUUGACGACUUUCCAGAGUCAGAUAUUCUACAGCCAGUGACAAAUGUAACAGAACCAGACUUCAAGUCCAAGGACUGGGUUUUCCUCAACUACACCUACAAACGCUUUGAGGGACUGACACAGCGUGGCACCAUCCCCACUUACAUGAAGGCGGGCAAGGCGUGAAACUGGAACAGAUGGUCUGGAAGAGAAGGAUUCGAAUGUAAAUGACAAUUCAUAAUUAUGCAGAUAUCUGCAGAUGAAAAGCUUAUGCACUGCCGCUUUGUGCUAAAGAGUAGACCUGUUCUCAGAGGAGUCCUUGGCGACGAUAAAAAGGAAAAUGAAAAUAAAAAAAGCGUAAUAUAUGGCCAAACAUAUGGAGAGAUUAUCUUGUCCUGCUGCUCAGCUAAAAGGAGACAUAAAGUUUGUCCAAAUGCUCUUCAACACUGGAUCAAACAGGGUCACAGAUUUAAAAAAAAAAAAAAAAAAAAAGGGAAGCAUAUACAUCACUGAAGCCUUA